AUGGGGGAAGGAUUCUACAUCAGCAAGACGGCAGCAGUAGUCUGUGUGGUUGCAGCUUUCGGGGCCGUAGUAACUAUCUUGGCCCUUUCCGUAGCGUAUGCUCAUGAGAGGUUAAAGACAGCUUCAUCCCCUGCUGGAGCUGGUACAACCAUCAGAAAUACAAUCUCUGGUCCAACAAAACCCUGGCACCACUACAGACUCCCAGACAGCCUCUAUCCUGACUACUACAACGUGACCUUAUUGCCCCAGCUGAAGCCUAACGUUGAAGAUCUGUACAACUUCACUGGAAACUCCAGCGUGGUGUUCACAUGUGUGAAGGAGACAGAUCUCAUCCUCAUUCACUCUGCAAACCUGAAAUUUAUUUCACACAAUGGAUUUGACGUCAGACUGGAGGGUUUGGAUGGCGCUCCUGCACCCGGCCUGAAAAAGACCUGGCUGGAGGUUCCGACCCAGUACCUGGUGGUCCAGCUCAAAAGCCCUCUGCAGGCCGGCAGCAAGUAUGAGCUAUUCACUGAGUUUGUUGGAGAGCUGUCCGAUGGUCUGGGAGGCUUCUACAGGAGUGAAUACACGGAAGACGGGAUGAAAAGAAUUGUGGCAACAACUCAAAUGCAGCCAACAGAUGCCAGGAAAGCCUUCCCCUGCUUUGACGAGCCGCUCAUGAAAGCUGUUUUCUACAUAACUCUGAUCCACCCUCAGGGGACUGUGGCUCUGUCCAACAGCAUGAACUAUGAACCUGUGAACGUCACUAUGAACGGGGAGAUUUUAAUUCAGACCAGCUUUGAACCCACGGAGACCAUGUCGACCUACUUGUUGGCUUUUGUUGUGUGUGAUUUUGCGUACAUUGGGACGACAUCGGAUGCAGAUGUUUUGAUUAGGAUCUGGGCUCGCAGGAAGACCAUAGAGGAAGGACAAGGCAACUAUGCACUGGAGAAGACUGGACCAAUAUUGACAUUUUUUGAGAACUACUACAACUCUUCUUACCCUUUAAGAAAAUCAGACCACAUUGCUCUUCCUGACUUUUAUGCUGGAGCCAUGGAGAACUGGGGUCUGGUCACCUACAGAGAGACUUCCCUCUUACACAAUCCUGAGGUGUCUUCUAAUGAAGACAAGGAGUGGGUGGCAUUGGUCAUCUCCCAUGAGCUGGCUCAUAUGUGGUUUGGAAACUUGGUGACCAUGAGGUGGUGGAAUGACCUGUGGCUCAACGAGGGCUUUGCCACCUACGUGUCUUAUCUUGGAGUUCACUAUGCUGAACCGGAGUGGAAUAUGAAAGACCUGAUAGUUUUGUUUGAGAUCAUUGAUGUGAUGGCUGUGGAUGCUUCAGCCACCUCCCACCCCCUCUCAUCGGAGGAGGAAGACAUCAUGACUCCAGAGGACAUCAGCAGCAUGUUUGACACCAUCACAUACAGCAAGGGUGCCGCAGUCCUCAGAAUGCUCUCAGGGUUUGUUACGGAAACAGUGUUUUCUGAAGGACUACAUAUGUAUUUAGAGGAGUUCCAGUAUCAAAACACAGUCUACAAAGACCUGUGGAAGCAGCUGCAGAUGGCGGUAGAUAAAGCUGGUAUCUCACUUCCCCACUCUGUGGAGGAUAUUAUGAACCGCUGGAUCCUGCAGAUGGGCUUCCCAGUGGUCACCAUUAACACCCAGACAGGAAACAUCGUUCAGCAGCACUUUUUGUUGGACUCAGAGUCUGUGGUGGACAGACACUCAGUGUUCAACUACGAGUGGUUCAUCCCCAUCACCUGGAUCAAGACUGGUCAAGCCGAACAGCAGUACUGGCUUCUCGACAAAGAAGCUACAAACGCAGACAUGGCUCUUGGUGCAAGUGAGUGGUUGUUGGCCAACAUAAAUAUGAAGGGCUUCUACAGAGUCAACUAUGAUGCUGACAACUGGGAGCGGCUACUUGCCAAGUUGAGCUCCAACCAUCAGGACAUCCCAGUGAUCAACAGGGCUCAGAUUAUUGACGAUACUUUCAAUCUUGCAAGAGCAAAGAUGGUGAACACAACCCUGGCUCUGAGGACGACCACAUAUCUACAUAAAGAAGUUGAAUUCAUGCCCUGGGAGACAGCCAGGCGUAACUUGGGUUAUUUCUUCCUUAUGUUUGACCGCAGUGACGUGUAUGGACCCAUGCAGGCCUACAUCAGAAAACAGGUCACUCCUCUGUUUAAAUACUUCCAACAUCAGACGCUCAACUGGACAAAGAUCCCCCCAAAACACACCGAUCAAUAUAAUCAGGUGAAUGCGAUCUCUUUGGCCUGUAGUGCAGGCGUUAAAGGCUGCAGAGAACUGACAACUGGUUGGUUCAAAGAGUGGAUGAACAACCCUACAACUAACAAGAUUAAUCCAAACCUGAAGUCCACUGUGUACUGCAAUGCCAUCGCAGCAGGAGGCGAGGCAGAGUGGGACUUCCUGUGGACCAUGUAUAAGAAUGCUACCAUUGCCUCAGAGGCCAGAAAAAUUAUGCAUGCUCUCGCCUGCACCAAGCAGCCCUGGCUGCUGAACAGGUACCUGCAAUAUUGUAUGGACCCAGAGAAGAUCCGAAAGCAGGAUGCUGCUUCUGUUAUUGCUAAGAUUGCUAAUAACCCUGUUGGCCAAUAUAUGGCUUGGGACUUUAUUAGAGCAAACUGGGAACACGUAUUCAUUGAAUAUGGUGGAAUAUCACUUUCACCUGGAUCUAUAAUUCCUGAACUGACCAAACGUUUCUCUACUGAGUUUGAAUACAAACAGCUGCAGCAGUUCCAACAAGACAACGCAGAGCAGCUGGCCCCUGCAGCUGGAUACUUUGACCUGGCCCUGGAGAAAACCAAAGCCAACAUGAACUGGGUGGCCCUGAACAAGAAACCAGUUCUUGACUGGCUCAUCAGUGAAAUCUCUUAAGUGUUUACAUCCAAAUGGUCUGUUGCAUUAAAACCAGAUAUUUACAUACACU